AUCAGCAGGCAGUGCCAGAUGCUCUUUCCAUUCCUAAUUCGAAAUGAGCAUCAAAUGUUCCAAUCGACCCAGAAUCUUUUAGAAUCAGGUGCUCGUUAUAGCCAUGAGCUUCCUGUUGAAAAGGGGAAAGCUCAUGAAGAUCAUCUUAAUACCCAUAUUGACCAAAAACAGAUGUCUGAUGCAAUAACCAAUGGGUCUAGUAUGGAAAUACAGGUUCAUGAGCCAGAUGCCAAGCGAUAUCAAGUUUCCCCAGGAUCCCAAGAUGCCUUAAGCAUAAACUCUCAGUUUCAUUCUACAUUUGUAUUUGACCCAUCAGAACAGCAGUCCGAGCUUGAGUAUAAGAACAAAACACCUCCAAUCAGACAACCACAAGAGCCAGGUUCCAAUUCAAGUCAGCAGCAGUCUAUUUCAAGUGUGACAGGAUCUACUGCUUCAAGCAGCUCAGCAACUUCCAAUGUUUCUGCUGAGUGCAAGGAUGACAUGAUGACUUCAUCUGAAAGUUCUGUCUUAAUUUCACAGGCAACAAAUUUAAUGAACUCUGUAAGAGCAAAGGAGCCGUCCCUUUUAGAUGAAAGAUCGCUUUUGGCUUGCAUUGUCCGUGCAAUUCCUGCUGGAUCUGGUAAUGGAAUCAAGAUGAGCACCACUUUACCAAAUAGAUUAGGGAAAAUGCUUGCUCCGCUUCAUUGGCAUGAUUACAAGAAACAGUAUGGCAAGCUUGAUGAUUUUGUAGCGCGUCAUCCUGAAUUAUUUGUAAUUGAAGGGGAUUUUAUCCAUCUUCGUGAAGGAGCUCAAGAAAUUAUCUCAGCAACCGCUGCUGUUGCAAAGGUUGCUGCUGCUACUGCUUCAUUUACAACUUUUUCAGCACAGUUUCCUUCUGUUGCUGUCACUCCUGUUGCACAGAGUAGUCGGCUUAAAAGAACUCCAAUGAAUGAUUCGAAGUCUUUGACUACCAUUCAAACUGUGGAAAGUUCUAUUAACCUUCGGAAUUCAGGUGACAGCUUUAAUACUAUGAGAGGAAUAUCUGAUGGGAAAACCUUGAGCAAAACAAAAGAUCCCCAUGUAUCUAAUGAUUCAUGUGGAAGAACUGGUCCUUCACCUAUACAGGCUGCAGUUGGAAAUGGGGUGAAUCCUGAUAGAACGGUUGUACCUCCUUUACAAAACAAAGUAUUGAGCGACGGGAGACAUGGUGUUGGAGGGAGAAGGUCCGUGGGAGCUGGGUCGAUAUCCCGGAGAUAGGAUAUCUGUAAACAGCCAUUGAGCCAUUACCAGAGGUGAUGAUUUUUUUUUUUGUUCUUUGCUAAAAUUGGUAUUUAUUUUUGAUGGAGCCGUUUUAUUGGCAAAUGAUGUUCCUGGGUCUGAACCCCUCAUGAACAUUUCUUUUCAAAAUUUUCCAUUUAAUUCAUAUUGUGCUACCAAUUUUGUACCUCUAGUUUCUCAAAGGAAGUGGAUGGUUUCUAACCAUGCAUUAUUCAAAACUUCAAGUGAACAUACUAGUAUCUAAUUGACUUGUGAUGAAUUUUAUUUAGAUAGAUCACAACCGUGUGUGAGUUUGAUAUCAAGGAGUCUGAAUUACUGUCUGUCAUUUUGUAUUACCUCCUUGGUGGACCAACCAGACAGUUUAUGAUCCAGAACAAAAGAACUACUGGGUUACAGUUUAUUUUCUGAUUUAUCUUAUC